AUGGAUGAGUGUCAGAUUAAUCUGCUCCAGUACCUGCGCUCAAAGACCCAGGUCGAUAUCGAUAGCUUUGAUGUUGACGUGUCGGUAGAAGUCCCAGGAUGUAUCGAUGGAACAUCUAAUCCGGCAGAGAUCUACUGGGAGACGGUCAAGCCACGCCACGAUAGUCUGGUGAAAGAAGUCCUUGCGUUUAGUGGUAAAGUGAAGUCUGAAUUCUCCACGCUGAGACUAGAGGAGCUAGCAUUUGAAGUCAUGGCGAUUCGGCUAGCCUUUUUUAUUAUUCCAAACAUUAUUGGCGCUGUGCAUGUGAUGGCAAAUACGAGCUACUCGUACCAUAAGGAGAAGAUUGUUGAGACUGGAAAGCGGUUACAUAAAAUCUGCAAUCUCCUUGAUCCCACUUUUGACACCAAUCGGUUGGUCAUAAAGGUAGCCUCUACAUGGGAAGGCCUCCAGGCUUGUCGGGAAUUGGCACUUUGCGGGAUAAAGACUCUGGCAACGACGGUAUUUACGAUGGAACAAGUCGUCUUGGCCGGUGAGGUAGGUUGUGUUUCCAUCUCACCUUUCGUUCACGAGGCCAAAGCGCAUUUCGAUAAUAAAUACUCGGAUAAAUUUCCUCUUCUUCGUUUGUGCGUCCAGGCACAGCAGUUUUACAAGAAGCAGUCAAUGAACACGAAAGUCAAAGCAUGCGCCACGCUCUCGGUUGAUGAGAUCCUACAGUUGGCUGGUGUGGACGCGUUGACCAUCGCGUCUGAUGACCUACGCAUCCUUCAAAAGAGUACUGCUUGCAAACGCCUGAUUGAAAGCCAAUCUCUAUUUGGCGAAACUUCUGUCAUUGACAGUACUGAUUAUCCUUCAUACUUGGAUGACGAGAGAACCUAUCGUCAUGACUUUUCUUGCAGCGAUCAAGGCCAAGGCCAAUACAAAUUGAUGCAGGUGCUGGCAAUAUUUUCAGACUUUCAGUUCAAAGGUGAAGAAUUUAUGAAAGUCCACCAGCAACUGCUGAGUUAG